AGCUAAGUGUUCCACCCCAGCUUUCUCUCACACUUCUCUCUGUUCCAAAAACUGAGUUUGAAAAAAGGUUUUAGAAUUUAGAUCGAUCCCAAACCUAAAACCCCACGAAACAAAAAAAAGACAAAACCAGCUUCAUUCAGUUUGUCAAGUUCUCUAACCCUCUCCUCUUUGAAUUGCAAAAUGUUCAAAAAAUUUUCCUCCGAAGAAGUCUCUGCACAAAAUCAAGUCAAGGCAUCUGUGCAACGUAAAAUUCGACAAAGUAUUGCAGAGGAGUACCCAGGACUUGAACCAGUGUUGGAUGAGUUGCUUCCAAAGAAGUCCGCUCUCGUUGUUGCUAAAUGUCAAAACCAUCUAAAUCUGGUAUUGGUGAAUGAUGUGCCGCUAUUUUUUAACAUUCGUGAUGGACCAUACAUGCCUACCCUACGACUCCUUCAUCAAUAUCCAACUAUAAUGAAAAAAUUUCAAGUUGACCGAGGUGCAAUAAAAUUUGUUCUUGCUGGUGCCAACAUAAUGUGUCCUGGUCUUACAUCUCCUGGUGGUGCUUUGGAUGAAGAGGUGGAGGCAGAAACUCCUGUGGCCAUUAUGGCUGAAGGAAAGCAACAUGCCCUUGCAAUUGGAUUUACAAAAAUGUCAGCAAAAGACAUAAAAUCAAUCAACAAGGGAAUUGGAGUGGACAACAUGCAUUAUCUUAAUGAUGGUCUUUGGAAGAUGGAGCGACUUAAUUGAGGAUGUGCAAGAACCACUGCAGUACCCUCAUUUGAGGAUAAAGAAGUAACAUAUGUUAUUUCUUCAUCUAUGCAACAUGGUGUACUGUAUUCUUGACAUUACUGUGCGGAUAGAGGGAUUAUAUGUAUACCAUGCCCCUUGUUCCUUUUUUGGUUGCUGUAUACAGUAAAGAAAUCAUUUCUUGCGGUAUAGAUUGAUCCUUUGAUCAGUUUAUCAUGCAUAUUUCAUGUAACUUUGGUGAAUUUUGUUUUGUUAGUCGGCAGAAAUGUUAGAGCUGAAUUCGUCAAUGCUUGCCUGAUUCAAUCCUAAAUUUUGUGCUUGAACGACAUCAAGUUUGAAUGAUUCAAUUUGAAUUUUAUAUCACAUGAAUUACGUUAGUGUGAA